CACUGUAGAUUCAACAGACAGGAGGGUCAGCUGGUCAUCGCUGGCAUUCAGCCUUCAGUCACAGUGUUCACGGCAUCAGAAGAACAUCUUCAGUCCAGUUGUGAUAUAUUUGUCAAGACAACAGACAAUUAAAAAAUGAAGGGCAGCUCAGAAGAUUUGUCCACAAAUAUAGUGCAGCUGAAGAGGGAGAUGUCACUUCUCCACUCAGUGAGCAUGGUUAUUGGGAACACCAUUGGAGCAGGAAUAUUUGUUUCACCAAAGGGAGUCCUUAUGUACACUGGCUCUUAUGGAUUGUCACUCAUUAUCUGGGUGCUGGGAGGAAUAUUCUCAGUAAUCGGAUCCCUCUGCUAUGCUGAACUGGGGACAACAAUUACAAAGUCAGGUGGAAGCUACAUAUAUCUAAAGGAGUCAUUUGGAGGAUUUGUAGCCUUUUUAUAUCUAUGGAGCAACAUGCUAAUAAUGUCUCCUGCCAGUGAAGCUAUUCUGGCUGUGACAUUUUCCCAGUACGUCAUUCAGCCAUUCUUCCCAACUUGCACUCCUCCCCAGUAUGCAGUGUUCCUGCUUUCUGCAGUAUGUGUGGUAUUGUUAACAGCCGUGAAUUGUGCAAAAGUGAAAUGGGGAGCCUGGCUGCAAGUAUUAUCCACAUUUGGCAAAGUCUUAGCCUUGGUUAUCAUCAUCAUCACAGGAAUUGUACGACUAUGCCAGGGUAACACAUCUCACUUGGAAAGAUCAUUCGAAGGCUCACAGAUGAAUAUAGGUUCAUUAACUAUGGCUUUCUAUUCAGCGUUGUAUUCAUUUUCUGGAUGGGACUGCAUUAAUUAUGUAACAGAAGAAAUGAAGAACGUUAAGAGAAAUUUGCCACUAUCGAUGGUGAUCUCUAUGCCACUGGUUACAGUAAUCUAUGUCAUGACAAACAUUGCAUACUACACAGAAUUAGACAAGGACACCAUCAUGGAAAGCAGUGCAGUGGCUGUGACAUUUGCAGAAAGAGUCCUGGGAUAUAUAAAGUGGUUUAUCCCAAUAGCAGUGGCUAUAUCCUGUUGCGGUGGAUUAAACUCAGUAGUCAUUUCAGGAUCCAGAUUGUUCUUUGUAGCAUCAAGAGAAGGGCACCUUCCUGAUUUUCUGUGUAUGAUUCACAUCCAUAGAUACACUCCUAUCCCUGCAUUACUUUUUAACGGGUUUAUGGCUCUCAUAUUCCUUUGUGUGAAGGAUGUCUUUCAGCUCAUUGAUUAUUACAGCUUUAGUUACUGGUUUUUCCAAGGCUUGGCAGUUGGCAGCCAAAUUUAUUUAAGAAUAAAGAAGCCAGAUAUGCCUAGACCUGUAAAGCUUAGCUUGUUUUUCCCAGUGGUAUACUGCAUAUGUAGUGUGCUUCUGGUAGCCGUCCCACUCUACAGCGAUCCUUUGGAUUCACUAGUUGGAGUUGCUGUUGUCCUUUCUGGGGCCCCUGUAUAUUACCUGUGUAUCCACCUUCCUUCUAAAAAACAACCAGCAUUUCUGCAGAAAUUGCUAGGCUUCCUUUCUUUGUACGCACAGAAGAUAUGUAUGUGCUGUGCUGCCCAGUCAACAGAUGAUGGAGAGAAGUAUAAAUAAGCAGAUGCUGAACGUGCUCAAUGACUAUAUUUAAGAUUGAAUUUCCUUCAAUGGGUGUUGCCAUAAACACAUUUAUUACUAAAGAUGCUUGCAAAGCAGGAUUUGAGCAGGAUUGUGAUAAUUUGCCUUACGAGGAUAUCUACAAAUUUCUGUAUGUUUGAAUUUAAACAUAUUGCACAAUAUAACUUCCUG